CACUUGAAUCAAAUAUGUAAUUAUCAGAACCACAACCAUUUCUAAACCAUUUCCAUCUAAGAUCCCCCCAAAAAAUCAGAAAUCCAACACUCCCACUGAAGAACCCUCUCUCACUCUCCUCCUCUCAGGUCAAUGGCUUCUUCCCUGUUUAGAAGUUUCACCAUUUUCAAUACUCAUCACAGAACCAGAAAUUAAAAUUCCAAUCUCUCUCUAUAUAUACAUAUAUCUACCACAUUACAGAAGAAAGAACUCCAUUCAAGCAGUUUUUGAGUUUCAACCAUGAACGAAUCAAGUAGAAUAGAGAGAGGAGGUUUUGGCCUAAUUGUUUUGAUAUCUGUUUUCUUAGUUAUUGUUAGUGCCUCAUUUGUUGAAGCUCAGCAAGAAGAUGAUUCAAAAUGUUUACAAGGAACAAAAGAAACACUCACAGAUCCUCAACAGAAGUUAGAUACAUGGGUUUUCUCAAAUGUUUCGCAAGGUUAUAUUUGCACAUUUGUUGGGGUGCAAUGUUGGAAUCUAAGGGAAAACAGAAUAUUAGGUUUACAACUUCAAUCAAUGAAUCUACAAGGGAAAAUUCCUGAAUCACUUGAGUAUUGUCAAAGUUUACAGAUUCUUGAAUUAUCUGGUAAUGGUUUAACUGGUGAAAUUCCUUCUCAAAUCUGUCAAUGGUUACCUUAUCUGGUUCACUUGGAUCUAUCAGGAAAUGACCUAACUGGUGGGAUUCCUAAUGAGCUUGGUAAUUGCAAGUAUUUAAAUACUUUAAUUUUGAAAGAUAAUCAAUUAUCUGGUUCCAUUCCGUAUGAAUUGUCUCGUCUUACUAGGUUAAAGAAAUUAUCAGUUGCUAAUAAUGCAUUAUCUGGUGAAAUUCCAUCUUCGUUUUCGAGUUUUAGUUCUGAUGAUUUUGCUGGAAAUAAACUCUGUGGCGAACCAAUUGGAUCUAGUUGCAAUGGUAUGAAUAAGAAGAGUCUUGUUAUAGUGGUUUGUGCUGCUGUUUUUGGUGCUGUUGUUUCUUUAUUAUUAGGUUUUGGAAUUUGGUGGUUUUUUGUUAAGAAUAGUCGAAAAGGGAAUGUGGCGGGUAAAGAUGUUGCUGCUGGUGGUAGUGGUAGUUGGACGGAGAGAUUAGUAGCCCACAAACUCGAUCAAGUUUCAUUGUUUCAGAAACCAUUAGUAAAGCUUAAAUUGAACGACUUCUUGUUGGCAACGAAUAGCUUUGAUUCUCAGCAUAUUAUUAUGUCGACUAGAACUGGUACUUCUUACAAGGCAGUUCUAUCUGAUGGGUCUUCUCUUGCAAUUAAACGUUUGAAUAAUUGUAAGCUUAAUGAGAAGCAAUUUCGAUCGGAGAUGAAUAGAUUAGGUCAACUCAGGCAUCCAAGUUUGGUUCCUCUCUUAGGAUUUUGCGUUGUUGAAAAUGAGAAGCUUUUGAUUUAUAAGCAUAUGUCUAACGGCACUCUAUUUUCAAAAUUGCAUGGAAGUGAUGAGUUGGAUAGUCAGCAUGGUCGAUUGGAUUGGCCGACUAGAUUGAAAAUUGGUAUUGGUGCUGCUAGAGGACUAGCUUGGCUUCACCAUGGAUGUCAAGAGUCGUUUCUUCACCAAAACAUUAGUUGCAAUGUGAUUCUCCUCGAUGAAGAACUUGAUGCUCGGGUGACGGAUUUCGCACUACCUAAGCUUUUGAGUUCUCCAGAUUCUCGUGAUAGUACCUUUAACCACGGGGAUUUUGGAGAAUUUGGAUAUGUUGCUCCAGAAUAUUCGAGUACCAUGAUUGCUUCUUUGAAAGGAGAUGUUUUCGCUUUCGGGGUAGUGCUUUUAGAGUUGGUAACUGGAGAGAAGCCACUUGUAAUCAGUAAUGCCGAUGAAGGGUUUAAGGGCAAUUUAAUAGAUUGGGUUAAUCAGCUUUUGAGCUCUGGUCGAAUCAAAGAUGCCAUUGAUAAGUCCAUCUGUGGGAAAGGCCAUGACGAUGAGAUAAUGAAGUUUCUGAGGGUUGCCUGCAGUUGUGUUGCUUCUAGACCUAAGGAUAGAUCAUCUAUGUACCAGGUUUACCAGUCAUUGAGGACCAUCUGUGAAGCCCAUGAAUUUUCCGAGCAAUUUGAUGAAUUUCCACUGGUUUUCGGCAAGCAAAAUACUAAUAACCAUCAAGAGUAGGCUCGGGGAAGAGUACACAUCGGAACAUGGAAAACAUUUGCAGCUCAACUAUCUAUGUAUAAUCCCACAUCAUUCUCUGCAUCUUGAGCUAAGUUGCCAGCGACUUCUGCUAUGUGAAUGGUAAGAUUUUGUUUUCAUUUUGCCUAUUGAAUCCUGUUCCUGUAACAAUCACCAUUGUAAUUGAAAAAUGUUCACAAUCAGUAGGAUUUGUGCACUUCACCGUGGCAUCUUUUUCUUUACGGUUCUCAACAAUUGCCAAAGGAACCUCAUAUUAGGUUUCUUUGGAUUUUUUUAAUAUUUUUACUUGUGAGAAAGCUCAAGUUUGAAGAUGUUUCUAUGCAUUUCAUUAUCUACAUUCACUUGUCUUAACAUGAAUCUCUUACAUUUCACUUUUGCAUAUUUUAUAUGAGAAACCGUUUCUUGUA